UGGACACCGUUUCCUGGGAACACGGGAACCGCGGGGGCCAGCGGGGCCGCACUCGGGGGUCUGGGGACAUGGCCAGAAAGGCUGUCAAACUUGCUUCAUGGACCAGUGCAGCUCUUGGUGCCUCUGGCGUUUACUUCUACAGCAACAAGUACUUGGACCCUAAUGACUUUGGUGCUGUCAGAGUGGGCAGAGCAGUUGCUACGACAGCUGUCAUCAGUUAUGACUAUCUCACCUCUCUGCGGAGUGUCCCAUAUGGCUCAGAGGAGUACUUGCAGCUUCGAUCUGAGGUGCACCUCCGCUCUGCCAGGCGACUCUGUGAGCUCUGCUGUGCCAACCGGGGCACAUUCAUCAAGGUGGGGCAGCACCUGGGCUCCCUGGACCAUGUGCUGCCAGAGGAGUACACCAGCACUCUGAAGGUGCUGCACAGCCAGGCCCCGCAGAGCAGCAUGCAGGAGAUCCGCCAGGUCAUCCGCGAGGACCUGGGCAAGGAGAUCCACGACUUGUUCCUGAGCUUCGAUGACACCCCUCUGGGGGCAGCCUCCCUGGCCCAGGUCCACAAGGCAGUGCUGCGUGAUGGUCGGACAGUCGCCGUGAAGGUCCAGCACCCAAAGGUGCAGUCUCAGAGCUCAAAGGACAUUCUCCUGAUGGAGGUGCUUGUUCUGGCUGUGAAGCAGCUAUUCCCAGAGUUCGAGUUUAUGUGGUUGGUGGAUGAAGCCAAGAAAAACCUGCCUUUGGAGCUGGACUUCCUCAACGAGGGGAAGAAUGCUGAGAAAGUGGCCCAAAUGCUCAAGCACUUCGACUUCUUAAAGAUCCCUGAGAUCUACUGGGAGCUGUCUACCAAGAGGAUUCUGCUGAUGGAGUUUGUGGAGGGCGGGCAAGUCAACGACAGGGCCUACAUGGAGAGGAACAACAUCAACGUCAACGAGAUCUCCCGCCACCUGGGCAAGAUGUACAGUGAGAUGAUCUUUGUCAAUGGCUUUGUGCACUGCGACCCCCACCCGGGCAACAUGCUGGUACGGAAGCAUCCACGCACAGGCAAGGCAGAGAUUGUCCUCUUGGAUCAUGGACUCUACCAGGUGCUCACCGAUGAGUUCCGCCUGGAUUACUGCCACCUGUGGCAGUCUCUGAUCUGGACCGACAUGCAGAAGGUGAAGAUAUACAGCCAGCGCCUGGGUGCCGCGAACCUCUACCCCUUGUUUGCUUGCAUGCUGACAGCCCGGUCAUGGGAUUCAAUCAACAAGGGCAUCAGCCACGUGCCAGUCACUUCCACUGAGGACUCAGAGAUCCGCACCAACGUGACCACCUGCCUCCCCGAGAUCAGCCAGCUCCUCAACUGUGUUCCACGCCAGAUGCUGCUCAUCUUCAAGACCAAUGACCUGCUGCGCAGCAUUGAGGCCACCCUGGGGACCCGUGCCAGCGCCAGCUCCUUCCUCAACAUGUCACGGUGUUGCAUCAGGGCAUUGGCUGAGCACAACAGGAAGAAUACCCAUUCGUUCUUCAGAAGGACCCAGAUCUCUGUCUGCGAGGCCUUUAACUUAUGGAAGAUCGACCUGCAUGAACUCAUGCUGCAUGUGAAGGGGUCGAAGCUGGCCUGCUGGGUCUCGUCCCUGCUUUCCUGGCUGGUUCCUGUUCCACACUGAGUCAUGCCCUCCUCCUUUCUGGUGUCUUUGCACUCGUUGGUCCUUCCUUCAUAUCUUGACUUCACCUAGUUGCCCCAUUUCUGUCCUGUGGUUGUCUGCAGUGCCAGGAUGACUGUCCACACUACCAUCAUGAACCCCUGUGGACACCCCCUCCUCCAGCUGCACCCUUUCUAGAGACUCAUGGCUACACCAUGAAAUGUGCUUCUCCUUCUCCAGGAAGAACACACAGCAGCCUCUCACAUCCUGCCUGUGCCAUUGGCUUGGAUUUUACCUCUCCUUCUGUGUACCCAUGCAUGGCUCUGUGGGCCAUGGAGGGCACGUUUAACUUGUAGGAAGGUUGACUUCGUGGGAGGUGAUGUGAGCAGGCUCCCAGUGGGCGCCACCCUUCAGUGAGGCAUUGUGCCUUUGUGUCAUCUGAGGCAGAACCGUUGCACUGUCCCAAGUGUUGACUGUUGUGUUUCAAUAAAUGCCCUCAAGGUUGUGGGCUUGUCCAUCCUAACACAUGGGCUCGUUUCCACUGUGCCUGGACCUGGCCAAGGGCUUUUUUUCCUCUUGGCUGCUGCCUCCUAGAGUUCUCAGGAAGCCUAGAGGAAUAUAGUCGGAGCUUGGUUGUGGGAUUUCUAGGUUGGGGAGGCAACUUUACCCGGCCAGAAGUGGCCAUGAACACUGAGUGCCUCAAGGCCCUUUUGCUUGACUUCUGGUCUCUAUAGCCUUUUUGAGCCAUAGGACUUCUCCCACUGGGUCCCAUUCCUGCUCUAGGUGAUGUCUCUCCCUUCCUAUCUCCCCCAACUCCUCCCACCUCCCAGUCUCUGAGACCUGGAUGAAAGAUGUUAAGAGAAGCCCAAGAUUGGAAACUCAGAGGCUCAGGUAAAACCUGGGGCUUCACUCCCCUGAGUUCUCACUUCAUCCCCUGUGAGUGGAGUACCUGCUUUAUACUUGGCUUCCCCUCAGGUUUUUGCUUGAUUCCUUCAGUUUUGGGUUUGGGAUUCCACCAGAUCCUCCCAGGCCUUCUGGAGAUGUCGAUCCUCUUAAUGGAAUGGUAGGUUUCAUCUCUGAGAUUUCCAGGUUACCUGUUUAUACCUGUUGCAAUCUGCCAGCGUUUGCCUCCUCUAACUCCAUUUUCUUCUCCUGUUUCUGGAUUACUCCCAGAUUCCUGCUCUACCUCUUGUGUUUGUGUGGGCCCCCAGCCCCUGAGAUCCCAGGUUUGGUAAUUCCUUGCUCCUGAGCACUGAGGCUCACAGAUGAUAGCUGUGCUGUCUCUGCUCUUACUCUUCCCAUUCACGGUGGCAGACAACCCCUAAAUCUCAGCUCAUUUUCUGUUCUCUUUAUUCAUAAUAAGCAUGUUUUCUAGUGAUCAGAGAUGAUUUGCAAUUCUUUUACUUCCAGAAAGAAUUCUUUUUAGUGACCAACUGGAUGUACCCAGGGACCUGUGACAAUAACUUGCAGGGUAUUAUUAAGCAUGAGGAUACACAUUAUAUUUUAUGGGGUAUUUUAUAGCCACGAAUGUAAAUAUAAAUGACCUUUCUGCUCAA